AUGGCAUCAUCAUUGGGGCAGCAAAACGCAACAAGAGCAAAACACAGCAACCCUUUUGCAUCUUGGGCGUUAGAUAAUGGAAGUAUUGUGGGUGGUGUUCCUCAACUGAAAGGAGCAAGAUGGUGUUCAUUUGAAGAACUCAAAAGAUGCACAAACAAUUUUUCAGAAGAAAACUUAAUUGGAUCUGGUGGAUAUGGACAGGUGUAUAAAGGGACUCUUGACUCUGGUCAUGUAGUAGCAAUCAAAAGAGCUCAACAAGGGUCAUUACAGGAUAAUCUUACAGGAAAAGCAGGAAUGAGGUUGGAUUGGGUGAAGAGGCUUAGUGCAGCUCUUGAUUCUGCAAAAGGGCUGACAUAUAUGCAUGAGCUUGCUAAUCCUCCAAUCAUUCACAGAGACAUCAAAUCAACUAACAUUCUUCUUGAUGAUAAUUUGAUUGCUAAAGUUGCUGAUUUUGGAUUGUCAAAACUGUUGGGAGAUGAUUCAAAGGGUUAUGUAUCUACUCAAGUCAAGGGGACAUUGGGUUACAUGGAUCCUGAAUACUACAUGACCCAACAGUUGACCGAAAAGAGUGAUGUUUACAGUUUUGGAGUUGUACUUUUGGAGCUUUUAACUGCAAGAUCACCAAUACAUAAGGGUAAAUUCAUUGUGAAGGAGGUAAAUGAAGCAAUUGGAAAGUCGGGGGACCGAAAUGGUCUAUACAAGAUUCUUGAUCCUUCUCUUGGUUCUUCACAAAACCUUGGAGGUUUGACUGAAUUUCUAAACUUGGCAAUGAGUUGUGUCCGAGAUUCAGGAGUUGAAAGGCCUAAAAUGGGAGAGGUUGUGAGAGAGAUUGAAAGAAUUAUAGAUUUGGCUGUUUUAAGCCUUGAUGCUGAGUCAGCAUCUAAUUUUUCAAGUCAAAAUAAAGGAGAAGUUGGGGAUCUUUAUCAUCCGUAUGGUGAUUCGGUCUCUGAUGUGAGUAGUUUGACUCUACCAUUUGAAACAGAGCUGAGAAGGUGAAUUGUGGGAAGAUGAUGAAAACAAGAACAUUUGUUGGUAUAUAUGGAAACAUAUGGAAGAAAACUUAUUAAUAUGUAGAUUUAGAAUGAUUCAAAUAUAUGAAGUUUAUGAUAUUAUAUUUUGUACUGGAAG